UUUUUAUUAAACUGAUUGAAGUAAUGGCAAAUUGAAGGAGAUUUUUAUUCGAUAAAACAUGGACGAAUCAUUUGACCUUCUUUGUUCCAUGUCUCCAAAAAUACGAGGCCGGCAGGAAACUUGUAACAUAAACCAUGUUUCAAGACUAGCUCUCAGAAAACACUUUAGACGAUCUCUAAUCUUUGACAAAUCGUUUAGAAAAGAAGAUUUGGCCAUUGCAGAAGUUGAUACAGAAUCCUCAGAGAGUGUGUCAAGCUUUAAGGAAUCUAGAGACUCAAAUGAUUUUGUUAUUAUCGAUUCAGAUGACGAUUCGAGAGCGAAGCCUCAAAAUCGUGAACCAAAAAAUACAAGGAUACAAGAGUGGCUGAAUGAUAUUGAUGAUGAUAAAGAGGCUGAAACUUUUUACAGUCAAGUAUCAACGAUAUUUGGAGACGAAUCUCAGAAAAUUAACCAUAUAGCUGCUUGCUCUAGUUUCAAUGACAAUAAUCUAAAUCCUAGAUUUGAUGAGUUAUUUAUUAAUAAGAAGAAACAAUGCCAGCAGAUAAACGAAUCAUCACAGUUUAGUUUACAUUCUUAUGUAAUGGAUAGCUUUGAAGAAAAUAAAACUCCUGAUGACAUUCUUAUUACUGACAAUAAGAAAAAAAUUAUGCACAAGAAGAAAAGAAAUUUACAUUCAGCCCUACUGGAUAGCUUGGGAAAAAAUAAAUCUUCUAGUGAGGAUCCCAUAACCGACAAGAAGAACCAUAGUAUCCAGGUAGAUCAACCAUCUGUUGAAUCUCCAUUUAGUUUACAUUUAGACCUACUAGAUAGCUCAGAAACAAAUAAUAAUUCUAGUGGGGAUGGCAUGACCAGCAAGAAGAAACAUAGUAUCCAGAAAGAUAGACCAUCUGUUGAAUCUCCAUUCAGUUUACAUUUAGGCCUACUAGAUAGCUCAGAAACAAAUGAUAAUUCUAGUGGGGACAGCGUAACUGGCAAGAAGAAACAUAGUAUCCAGAAAGAUAGACUAUCUGCUGAAUCUCCAUUUAGUUUACAUUUAGGCCUAUUAGAUAGUUUAGAUAAAAAUGAAACUGCUCAUGAUGACAAUGGUCCACAACAAAUACUUGAUAAUAACAAAAAAGCUGUCCAGCUAAAUAAACACAGGGGUCUAUUAGAUAACUGUAACAUACAAAAAACAGCUAAAGUUAUAAUAGAUGACAGUAGAUUUGACGAAGAGAAGAAAAUCGAAGAACUCAAUGAAUCAUCAUUCAGUUUAGGUUUAGGUCUAAGUGAUAAUUUAGAAACAAAAUUAGAAAAAAAUAGAUCUCAGAUUGUUAAUAAGACUGAAAGCCUGAAACUUGAUGAUUCACCAUCUAGUGUAGGUUUAGGUCCAAAAGACAGUUUAGAAAAUAGUAAAAAUCACAUUAAUAAAGAAAAAAGUAAACAGAAGCUUCAAUUAGAUGAAUUAUCAUCAUUACCAUUGGGUUUUGGCAGAAGAGAUAGUUUAGAAAAACAAAAAUCUAUAAUUAUUAUUGAUGAUACAAUUGAUAACAUAGAAACCCCUAAAAAAUCUCCAGAAGUACUUCCGAGAGACACGUUUGUAUCUGUAAGAAAAAAAAACAAGAUCACAGAAGUCGUUCCCAAAACCCCAGACCUCAGCAUAAAAGAAGCUUCUUCAAUUCUGGAUUCGAUUUACGGUAAAAAAUGGAGAACAAACAAGGAUGAGGUGCUUUUGUCUUUGUCCGAACCAAAAAAAAAGCAGCCAAAACCUAAAAAUAUGGAAAAAAAGGUUGAAGCUCCCAAAACAGAGAGAGUUUUGAAGCCAAAAAUUAAAGGAAACUUGUUGCCUUCUAAAAAGCUUAAUUUUGAAAGAUUGAAAAAACCAGUAGUAGAGUCGCCUUGGGCUAAAAGACUUGAAGGCCUAGUCGAUUCAGAGUCGAGCAGUGAAGAAAACAAUUUGAAAAAACUCACAGAUAUAAAACCAUCCAAAGUUCGUUUAAACUUCAAUGAUAGUCCCAUUCCCAUCAGAAAACCACUGAGCAGUAUUAGGAAUAAAGAAAACAAUCCUCAAAAUACAAAGAAGAGAAAUAUCAAAAAAGCUUCCAGCAGUUCGACUAGUUUCAGUGAUGAUGAUUACCAGGUAUCUACAGAUGAAGAAUACGAUAAGGAAAUUCGGAUUUUGGAAACUAAAAGGAAGAGCUUGAUGCCUCAAAAGCAAACCAAAUAUAGCUUUUUGGAGUCAUUGUCAGGUUCAGUUCCAUUGAAUAAAUGCGACAUGUCCGCGCGUAUUUUCCGCAGUAAUUUCAAACAACACCGUCAAGAAUUAGCCACUAGACUAUUCAAAUUAUUUAAUGAAAAAGUAUUCGGCAAUGCCCUUCUGCCAGACACUGAACUAGAAUGGAACGAUAAACUAAGAAAAACCGCCGGUUUAUGCUACUGCAAAAAGAUCACACACAAAAAUAAAACAGUUGAAAGAAAAGUCCGGAUUGCGUUAUCAACCAAAGUGUUAGAUUCCACUGAUAGACUUAGGGACACUUUAGUCCAUGAAAUGUGCCAUGCAGUCACUUGGAUUGUUAAUGAAGUUUCCGACGGACAUGGAGCCUAUUGGAAAAGCUGGGCGUUUAAGGCUAUGAACGUUUUUCCCGAAUUGCCAGCAAUAAGUCGGUGUCACAAUUAUGCAAUUAAUAGCAAAUAUACGUAUAGAUGUACAAAAUGUGGAUACAGUUUUGGAAGACACUCAAAAUCUUUGGACGUUGAACGCAAACGUUGCGGUCAUUGCUAUGGAAAAUUUGAGGUUCUCAUCAAUAAAACUACAAAAAAUGGUGAAACUAAGGCCGUCCUUGUUGGUGAAAAAAAGACCACCGGAUUUGCAUUGUUUGUUAAAGAGAAUUAUGCCAAAUUCAAGGAUCCAAGCAAAAAACAUGGAGACGUUAUGAAAAUUUUGGGGCAGAAGUUUGCUGAAUUAAAGGUGAAAAAUUAGUACUUAUACAUGGUGUUUCAAAUUUGCGAGUAAGUAUGGAAAUUUCGGUAACCAUAAGAGAUACACAGGGUCGGUUGAAUUGGUGCAAAGUUACGCAAAUUCUUUCUCUAUGGUUAUCGUGAGCCCCAUACUUACUCACAGAUCUGUAACACCCUGGUAUAUACACUGAUAUAAAUAAGUACAAUCGUUCAAAUUCAACUAUGGGGUUUUUAUGUUUUUUUUUUUUAUUGUGGGAUUUAUGUAAAAAUCUGAGCCCCUGAGACUUGUAAAUAUUUUAAAUUCUACAUUGAGCAAAGUAGGUAAAUAAUUUUAAGUCUGACAAAAUACUCAAAAGUAUGUAUUAGGCAUUAGAGUUUAUUUUUUUGUAAAAAAAAGAAGUUUUUUGUAAGAUUUUUUAAAAACCUACAGAGUUUGACACAAUUUAUGUAAUAUAAUUAGUUGUUGCAUUGAUAGACGUGUUUCUUAAAUAAUAUUUUAUUCAACUUUUCCAAUUGAAAUAAUCUAUUUGGGUAUAGCACGGGUAGCGUUCAGAACUACUGUUGCAUUGUUAUGCAUUGGCAUAGUAUCAUCUCCUGAAUCUGGGAUGCUUAUUUGGAAUUGCAAAAGCACUACUAAAUAGGUAACCAUUGUCGCCAACAACUGAAAAUAAAAGUAUUAAGAAAAAAAAAUUAGUCAAGUGUCACGUACGGAUUUGAAUAGGGUGCGGUUAACAUCAAAAAAUCCACACAGGCACAUAUCAGUUGGGUUCAUCUCAGUUGCUCUUAGGAACAUAUUUAGCUGGAAAUUAAUGAAGGUAUAAAACAGCUUAAAUUUGACAGUCUAAUAGCUACUUACUUCUUGCUGAGCAUCUUCAUUCAUCCAAGUAAGUUCAACCAAAAGUAUUUUCUUUUGGAAAAAUAUUCUCACCUAAAAUUCCCAAUACUAAACACAUUUGACUAUGAGUCUCCGACUACUUACACAAGUUGAAGCAUAAUGCGCCUCAUCGCAAAUAAAAUAUAACAUUAUUACAGCCGAUAUUCCCGUUAUAGUCAGUCCAAUGUCCUUAGUACCCAAUCCGUCUUGGAUUUGGGACAAUAGUCCAUAAAUAGUCAAAGUUAUGACAAAAAAGAGGUAGAGGCAUAAGAAUGUUAAAGCAUAUCCAAAAGAAUUGCCAACGUUUCUUAUUAUUCUGCUUAGCAUCAUCCAUAAAGAUCUAUAGUCUGCUACUCUGGUGGAUGGGCCAAUAUUUCUCAAAGCAAACUGAAAAUCGUCUGCCAUUAUUGUAGCAACUUUUCCUAUAAUGUCACAGUAAAUGUACCAAGCACCACCCAGCAUGUAGGUUAUUACGUUUAUG